AGCCAUUAUGGUUCAGUUUCUCAUCCAGGGGUGGACGAAAUGAUCCGCUUGCGUCGGUGUGCGUGUGUUGAUGAGACGUCCACGCUGUCUACAGGUACAUCGUGCCUCAGACCUUCAUCCACACAGAUGCUUGAUGGACUCCGGAGGAGGCAUGCCUCCCGGCCCUCCCCCCGACCCCUGUCCCUCAACUUCAGCACCUUCUCUGCCCCUCCCCCGAGCCCAGACAUGGACAGCGGCAGUGAGCAUCCAAUCAGGAGGACUCUGCACCGGCUGAAGUUGAUGAGCUCCCCCAGUCUCAGCGAGCUGGGGAAGAGUGAGAAAAGUUCACCCGAGGACAGAGGGGAGAAGCAGAAGAGGGCCGGAGCCAACGCCACCUGGAACAGCAUCCACAAUGCUGUCAUAGCAGUCUUCCAGAAGAAAGGUUUGGCAGAUAACGAACUCUUUGUCCUCAACGAAGGUGUCCGGCAUCUUUUGAAGACUGAGCUGGGGUCUUUCUUCACAGAAUACCUUCAGAACCAGUUGCUGACAAAAGGCAUGGUGAUCCUUCGGGACAAAAUAAGGUUCUACGAAGGUCAGAAGUUGCUCGACUCUUUGGCAGAGACGUGGGACUUCUUCUUCUGUGAUGUCCUCUCGAUGCUGCAGGCCAUCUUUCAUCCGGUUCAGGGUAAGGAGCCCUCUGUCCGACAGCUUGCUCUGCUUCACUUCAGGAACACCAUUGUCUUAAGUGUUAAGUUGGAAGACGCCCUGUCUCGACCUCGGGCCCGUGUUCCCCCCUCAGUUACACAGAUGCUGCUUAUUCUACAGGGGGUCCACGAGUCACGAGGUGUGAACGAGGACUACCUGAGGCUGGAGUCUUUGGUUCAGAAGGUGGUCUCGCCGUAUUUGGGCACCCACGGGCUUUACUCUGGAGACGGUGCUGAGGCCAAUUGUUGUGUUUUGGAGAAGCGUUUACCAUGGGGCUGGCCCAAGACGACGGAGCAACCGUCUAAAAACCCUGUGGUACGAUCCAAGAGCUACAAUAUCCCUCUUCUGCUGACCCCGGUGGCUGAGUAUGACCCAGAUGCCAGCUCUGUUGGCAGUGGAGGAAUUCGACGCCACUCGGCCUGUGAGAUUAUAUCAUGCUUGGAGGAACAAGGACUGGCCUACGCUGACCUGGCUCCAGGAUCUGAACUGUCUGGCUCCUCCUCCAACAGGCUGUGUGUGGGCUCUCACUUCAAUGGCAUUGGACAAGCAGGAGCCAGUGCCAUGGCCUUGCCUCGUUCGUCUCCCGCCAUCCUUCCCCUCCUUUCCUCAGGAGCUCUCCAUGGCACUGAGGCCACAACAACAAUGACUGAUCUCAGUAAGGGUGCAUCGUCCUCACCGCCCAGUGAAUCAUCCAGCCCUGAAACCAUAAUUGGACAAGUGCUUGAGUCUGCAGACUCAGACUCAGAUGGGAUAUUUAUUGAUUUCCCUUCUCACUCAUCAGAAGCUAUGGGGUACAGUCGCGAAAGCAGGCAGAGCACUGUGUAGGUACAUACGUCAGUGAUCUGGGACAAUGAUUAAAAAGAAAUCAUGAAACCACAUCUUCCUUUCUCACUGUAGUGAAAUCCUUGUAAUUCUAAAAAUGGCAUUUUAAAAACUCUUAACAAUGCUUUCCAACAAAUUCAUAUCACUAUUUUCAAACAUAUUACUAGGGUUCCUUCACAAAUCAACAUGUGCACUGUAGUUUUUGUUUUUUUAAACAGCAUUACAUAUAUGCACCAUCCUGCUGCUGUAAGUACUCACAUGUGCACAAAAUGUGUAUUAAUUGGUUUCUAUAUCAAAACUGCAGUGUCCAGUACUAUAAGAACUCAAACUACAUUAUAUAUUUGUGACCUGUUUUAAUGAUUUACAUCUUCCAUUGAAACAAAUAAUGUUCAGGCUGAAAGUCACAAAUGAGCUGGAUAAGUUGUGAGAGAUGGAUGCAUUGUUGGUUUUGAUCUGCUGACCAUAGCAAACUAUAGAUUAUAACUAGCCUUAUCCUGUAACCUUUAGAGAGGAAUCUUAUCCUUCAACGGAAGACAACAUCAGAAAAACUACCACGAGAAUGGCAGUCAGUAGGUCGCAUCCCUCCGCCAAGGCCGUACAAUCCUACACAUGAUUGUAUACUUCUUAUAGUAGAAAUGUAAAAGGAAAAAAGAAGUGGUCUGACAAGCGAAAUUAUUUAUUUGUCAAAAAAACUAAGUCCUUAAUGGUGGAAAAUCAAGAUCCAUGCAUUAUUCCCUGAAAAUGUAUAAAAAAUGUUGAAAACUACACUAUUUUGCAAUGUUCAAGAAAGUGGAAAAAAACUUGAUCCGCCCCUUAAUCUGCAGCCACACGGAAAUUCAACAGCUUCUUGCCAGGUCCCGUCCCUCCACCAAGUUUGGUGCAAAUCCGUUUUGUAGUUUUGCAUAAUCCUGCUAACAAAUUCUAACAAAAUCUGUCCUUGGCAGAGGUGAAAUUGGGGUUACAAGGUUUUCACACAUCUUUUCUGAGGAGACAGAUGUUGCAGCCGCCAUAACAAUGGAAAAUUGUUUGAAACUUUACAUAUAAACCAAGGAUUUGUUUUGGCAGAAACAAAGUAAUGAGGAUUUCUGCUCUCUCAUUUGUACGCCAUCUUAUGAAAAUGUUGAUUUUUUUUUUAUUGUCAGAGGUGAAAUUUCUCUUCUUCAAGCAAACAUCAGUGUGACAGCAUUUCGCUUUUCUGUUUUAGCUUUGUACAGCAGGCGUUUCAGAAAUAUGCCGUUGUUCAUUGUUUACAAUUGACAAAGACAUGAAUAUUUUGACUGAAUGUUGUCUCUCACACUGUAUUUUGCACAACCACUACCUUGUAAAUACAAAGUCCUUGGUUGGUUUUUAGGACAGCUCGUUAGUGUAAAGUCAGCUUUUACCUUGAAUUGAGAUUUUAAUAAGGGCUUUUUAACGGAAUCUUUUUCAAACGAUGUUUUACCUCAAGCGUUUUGUACUUUACUUUUUUGACAAUCUAUGACGUCUAUGGAGUUGUACUUUGUAUUAAUUUGUUAUACUAGCCCAGUAAAAAAAAAGAAAUAAAUUUUAGUAAUGUUUAAAAAUGUGA